AUGUUCGAAACAGUGAAACAAUAUAUUCGUUCCUGUCAACAAUGUGUCAGGUUCAAUAUACAACGACGAAAACAACCAGGAUUAUCACAGAAAGAAGAACAAGGAGUGUUCGACGUAAUGCAAAUGGAUUUUUGGAAAUCACCCGUUCGAUCUUCGGAUGGUAAUCAAUACGUAUUGAUAAUCACAGAUCGAUCAUCUAAAUUUAUCUUUGCCGAAGCCUUGUCGUCCGAAACUGUCAAAGACGCUGCUGCAACGUUAGUUGAAGAUAUUAUAUUGAAACAUGGUGCAAUCAAUUAUUUACAAUCAGACCAAGGAACGCAUUUCAAGAAUUUGAGCAUUCAUACCACCACUGGUUACAUUCCAUAUGAGUUGGCUUUCAACAGAAAAUUACGUUCACCAUUUGAUCCACCAUCAUCAACCAUUAUUAUGUCAAAACCAAAUGAUUAUUGGAAAAAGGCAAGCAAAUUUAAAACAGUCGCUAUUACGGCUGCACGAUUUAACAUCCAACAGCAACAAGAAUUGAGUAAACAAAGAUACGAUAUACGGCGUGCAAAUAUUCAAUACAAAAUUGGAGAUUUAGUAUGGAUUAGAAUCCUAACAGGCAGAUCAAAAUUAGAUCAACGUUUCCAUGGUCCGUUUAGAAUAAUGCACAAAUUUAAUGACGUCAAAUAUAUUGUUGAACAUGAAGAAGAACAUUAUGAACAAGAACACCACAGCAACAACAUG